AUGGAGAGGAGACUGUUCCUCUGUGAGGAGAACGGUGAAAACAUCGAAGGAGGAUUUUAUAUGGAAGAAUUGAUUCCAGUUUCAUUACCAGAAACAUUUGUUAUUAACAAAGUUAUAGGCAGGAAAAAAUCAGAGGAAAGACAACUUACUGAAUGUCUUAUAAAGAUUACAAUUCAUCCUAUAGUUCGUGGGUGGAAGAAAAUACUGAAACAUAAGUAUGUCUUCGUCAACGCUCAGCUCAACUCGAGACUGACAGCCACUAAGCGAGGUCGAGGUAACUUUUACAUAGCACGACAGACCUUCCUACCUCAGGGCUACGGCAUCGCCUGCCCCACAGGCUCCCCCUACAAGGACGUCUUCAGCAGUGUUAUAAUCCGACUGAUAGAAGGUGGCCUGGUAUACAAAUGGGCAGAAGACGAAGUGAAGAAGGUGGCUAAGAACAACUCUCCUUCUGGAGGGUCGAGAAUCGCAGCAAUCAACCUUCAUCAACUCCAGGCUGCUUUCUUCAUUUUGCUGAUGGGCUUUGCAAUAUCAGCUCUGGUUUUGGGAAGUGAGAUUAUUGGCAACCGUGCAAGACAGAAUGACAUAGACACAACACUCGUACACAAGGUAUUCAAUAUCUAGAUUUCAGUAUUACCAACUAAUUUAUUGUCUGAUGUUAUCUAAUUUUAGUCUGAUAGAUAAAAAGUUAUAUCAUUAUUGAGACCAAUUGCAUUUUACAUAGUACAGUGGACCCCCUGCUUAACGAUCACCUCCAAAUGCGACCAAUUAUGUAAGUGUAUUUAUGUAAGUGCAUUUGUACGUGUAUGUUUGGGAGUCUGAAAUGGACUAAUCUACUUCACAAUAUUCCUUAUGGGAACAAAUUCGGUCAGUACUGGCACCUGAACAUACUUCUGGAGUGAAAAAAUAUCGUUAACCGGGGGUC